CUUUCGCUCUUCUUUCGUUCAUUCGUACGCGCUCUCUCUCGGUAUAGUCUGUGUUCUUGUCUCUGCGAACUCUUCAUUUCGAGUGCAAAGAUUUUCUGAUUUAAAAAAGAAAAAAAACAUUUGCACUCGAGGUGGUGUCAGCUUUCUUCGCAAGAUAGCAAGUUAGCUUAAGCUCUUCCGUCGCAACGAAGCCAGGAGAAAUGGGGAGGUACGCUCAUGUCUUCUUCGUUCCUUUAUUCCUCCUCUUCUUGUGCUGUUUCUCCUCCUUCUUUGUUUAUGGUUUGGCUGCCACUUCGUUCCAACUACUCCCAAGACAGAGAGCUAUCAUGACCAAUCUCUCUAAGAGCCUCCCAACGUCUCAAACUAAUGGGUUGUGGAACAACACCACGGACCCUUGCCGUUGGGUUGGGGUGACCUGUUCCGGCCCUGCGCCCUCCUCCGUUGUGACCUCUCUCUCCUUGUCCGGCCGCGGCCUCUCCGCCACCACCUCCUCCUUGGUCGCCCGCUUCUUUGACAUCCUCUGCCGCCUAGACUCCCUCAAGUCCCUCGACCUCUCUGAUAACUCCCUCACCAGCAUCCCUGGCUCCUUCUUCUCCAACUGCAGCGGGCUCUCCGGAUUGGAGUCCCUCAACCUCAGCAACAAUGGCUUGAACGGUCCUCUGCCUCGUUUCUCGGGCUUUGGGGCUUUGCAGUCCUUGAAUCUAUCUUUUAAUACCUUAUACGGAGCCGUGGAUAACGGGCUGGAAAAGCUCACCAGACUGAAAAGUUUGGAUCUUUCCGGCAAUCACUUCACCGGCGAAAUCCCCACUCUGAUUUUUGGUUAUGAGAACCUCACAUUGCUGGAUCUCAGUCAAAAUAAUCUAACUGGGUCUGUUCCAAAGGGGAUCGAGAAGCUCUCCAAGUUGAAAGAACUCCUCCUUUCUUCCAAUCUUCUCGGUGGGAGAAUCCCAAGUGGUUUGGCAAGGAUUAAGACCCUGUUUCGAUUCGCUGUCCACCAGAACCAAUUCACUGGUUCGAUUCCUCGAGAACUUACUACUCAUGUGAGUGCUUUGGACCUCAGCUACAAUGGUCUCACCGGGGAGAUCCCGCCGGAACUCCUCGCGCCGCCGAGUUUAGAGUAUGUGGAUCUGACCGGUAAUCACCUUCAAGGACCCAUACCUUGGAAUUUGUCACAAAGGCUCUAUCGUUUGCGACUUGGCAAUAACACGCUCAACGGAAGCAUUCCAUCAACAAUUGGGAAGCUUCCCAAUUUGACAUAUCUAGAGCUGAAUGACAAUGUAUUGGACGGAGAGAUUUCAUCUAUGCUUGGGAACUGUAAGAAUCUGAUGCUGUUGAAUCUGGCUUCCAAUCAGUUGCAGGGGACUUUGACAAAGGAAUUGGGUUACCUCGAACAACUGGUGGUCUUGAAGCUUCAAAACAACAAGCUUAUUGGAGAAAUACCUGAUGAACUCUUGAAGUUUCAGAAUUUGAGCACUCUCGAUCUCAGCCGGAACUUCCUCAAUGGUGAGAUACCUCCAGCAAUUUCCAACUUAAAGAUGCUUUCAGUUCUAAAUUUACAAAGCAAUAGAUUCUAUGGUUCAAUACCUGGUAGCAUCGGUAGCUUGGAUUUUCUGAUAGAACUGCAGUUAGGAAAUAACCGUCUGAGCGGAACUGUUCCGAGAAUGCCAAACAGCCUAAAGAUAGCUCUGAAUCUCAGCAACAACCUCUUCAGCGGACCCAUACCUUCCUAUCUCGGUGACUUAUCUCUGUUGGAGAUUCUCGAUCUCUCGAACAAUAAUUUUAGUGGUGAAGUUCCAGAUUCUCUUACCGAAGUGCAAAACCUGAUAGAAUUGAAUCUCUCUGAUAAUCAGCUUUCUGGACUGCUUCCAAAAUUUCGUUCAUUGGUCCAUGUCAUAGCCACUGGAAAUAAGGAUCUCAUCUCUAACACUACUUCAACUAGCACUAAAACUAAGAUAAAAAUUUCUCAUGUCUUUGUUAUGAUUCUGGCUUUUGUUGGAGGCUUCAUUGUUUCAGUCUCAGCAUACACAGUUAUGCUAAAGUGCUUUAAUCAGGGGAAAAGUAACCGCCAAAAUACAGGGAGACAUGCUUUCCACUCCAACAGUCCUUUCCCUGGAAACUCCAUUGAGAGAUUGAGCUGGUUCCAGCACUGGGAUUGCGAUAGAAACCUCAGGUAAGAAAUAAAAAAUAUGAUAUGUUCACAUGUAAAGGUAGUAACAAUCCAAGAAAAGCAAUUUUGCUCUUUUGCCUGGAAUAUUUAGUGUAUGGAAAGCUCCAGCUGCAUUGCUUCCCGUACCACAUUUCCAAAUCAUUAACUGUGGGUGAAUGUUUCCAGUUAAAGAGAAUAAAUUUCACAUAAUAGCAGAAAAUGACUAUAUACAUCCUGUAAAAACCUGUCAUUGGCAUGGGGCUCGGUGAAAGGAAAACCAAAUACUUUACUCAUAAUUAUGGUUAUCAUUAGUGUUGUCAUUGGCAUGUGGCUGAUCACAGUAGUUGUUCUGUUAAUCAUUUCUAAACGCUCUUAUCGGGUGGAAGAUGAAGGUGUAGUCUACAUCCAGUAGAGACCCUUCCUCAAGUUGUAAGUGGAUGUUUCAUAACUGCAAGCAGUAUUCAGAGGUCCUGCAUCGACUCCACCAAAGCAAUGGAAGUGGUUAGUAAUCCGGACAACAUAAUAAUGAAGACUAGGUUCUCUGACAGAAUUGGUGCUUUCUGACAAUCAGCUCUCUAAAGUACUUCCUAAAUUUCCUCCAUUCAUCAAAGUUAUUACAACUAGAAAUACGAAGCUUAUGAUCUCACUUGCAUGCCCAAAGACACUGUUUAAGAAGAAAAAAAUUCUAAUACUACUUUUACAGUUAUAAUUGCUGCUUUUUUGGGGGUGGCUUCAUUGUUUUAAAUCUCGGUUGUUGCAGUGAUUCAAAGAUGCCUGAAUCAAUUGAAAAAUAAAGAAGAUGCUAGAUACUAGAUCUCUAUC